AUGGAGGAUUUGAUUAUAGAAUGUGCAAUGCAUACAAUUUCUUACACUAACAAGUACCUAAUCACACUUGUUCAACCAGUAAUGUUAGGUUGUUACAUCGCAUUUGAUAUUUCUGAUCAAGAACCUGAAAAUCAGAAAUACCUGAUUGUUGCACUUUUAUACGUGCUAUGGGUAUUCUUGUCACUUGCUACGAUAUUGGGUUUUGGUUUAAUGAGGUGUGUCAGCGUACUUCUAAGCAGCUUUGCCUGUAAUUCAAUUUUACAAUCAUGUAGAAAUUGUUAUGGGUAUCUGAUUUUAAAUCAGAACGAACCUGCUGCGCCUUUUGAUUAUGGAUUUUUAUAUCAGUACCUUGUGUACUUGAUGCACAAGAAUGGUAUGAGCAUUUAUAUGCCUCCGAAUUGGAAUUUUGACUUUUCUGAUGACAUUGCCUGUUCAAAUCGCCUCACCAAGGAAUUAUAUUUGUGGUCCUUUGUUGCAAUAAUCUCGGUGCUCAUUACAAUCAUGAUGAUGCAAUACUUUGAUGGAAUGGUUUGGCAAUUCACUCUGUUUGCAACUUCGGUCGGCUUACGUGUGGUUUACUCUAUCUGGAAUACAGAUAGUGGUAAGUGGUUGGCUUUGUGUAUAUUUGCCAUUGUAAUUGUCUCAUGUGUAGUAGUCAUAUGUAUCAGGGCUAUGGCACCACUACUUGUGGUAUUGGAAUACUUUUAUUUUUUGGUUUUUAUGCAAAUGCUAUUAUUGUGCACUGCACUAAAUCACAAAAUUGUGGGAAUUAUUGUACAUUUGAAUCAGAAUGAUGCCUGUGAAGAUAAGGAGUAUGUGUUCAUGGUCUUCAUGGUGAUGAAUAUGAUAGCCAUUGCAUUGUGGACUAUUUGUCUUCUCAUUAAUGCGAAGAGCUUGCAAAGGUAA